AUGGAUGACAAAGAAGCAAAGACGUUCCAGCCCAUGCAGGAGAAUCAGCAAAGCGGGGAUCUUAGGUUCUCGUAUGCAGCACAGAAGAAUCUUGCGUUCGACGCUAUUUACUGGCAAAAGCUUAAUUGCUGUUUCUUCAGUCCUGCUACAGAGCGGAAGAACGCAUGGCAAGAAUCGGAGUAA